CCGGUCUUCAUCUCUGCAGCACUGUACUUAUGCAUGUUGGUUGGGGUCUGUUUUCUGCCAUUCUUUUUUCUACUUCGGUCCUUGCACACCCUGUCCCGACGUUCUCUGAUCUGACCGUGGACGAGCCUGAUUUCUUGCAGCAUCGUGCUGGAAAUCAAGGCGACGCCGUAGGUGGCUUACAGGCGUACGGCAGGGAACCGCCUCCCAACCCCGCAACUGCCGGGACCUACUACUCUCGCCGGUUCAACACAGCUAUGGCGAGACCCCUACCCGCUGGAAAUCAAGGCGACGCCGUAGGUGGCUCCCAGGCGUACGGCAGAGAACCGCCUCCCAACCCCGCAACUGCCGGGACCUACUACUCUCGCCGGUUCAACACAGCUAUGGCGAGACCCGUCUCCACGCGGGAGGACAAGGACGAGCAUACCUUGGGCCACAAUGGCAACCAUACUAUACACCGGAAUACCAGUCAUCCCAGCCCCGUCCCCGCCCCCACACCCAUCGCACCACCCCCCGUCCGUACACCCAUCGCCGCCCCACUCCCCCUUCCCACACCCAUCGCCACCCCGGCCCCCGUCCCCACACCCAUUGCAACAGUACCCAAGCCCCCCCUCGCAAGACCACCAUGA